GUCAUGGCGGCCGUGAUGGCGGCGUGGAGGCGGGCCCUGCCCGUCCCCCGGGCCCUUCCCCUGCUCCUGGCGCCGCGCCGGUCCGCCAAACGGGGGCUGAAGGCCGCCCUCCUCCUCAGGGCCCAGCGGGAACGCCGACGGGCGCUCAAGGACCCGCCGCCGACGCCCUCCCGCCGGUCACACAAGCCCAACUGGGAUUAUCAGGCCGAAAUACAAGCGUUCAGCCGCCGACUCCAUGAAAACUUUUCCUUGGAGCUUCUGAAGACGGCGUUCGUGAACAAAUGUUACAUUCGAAGCGAGGAGGCCAGGCGCCAAGACCUCGGGGUCGAGAAGCAAGCGGUGGCUCUGAAUCUGAAAGAUAAUGAAGAGCUCUCCGAGCAAGGGGCUGCCUUCUCCCACGCUUACCUCACUCGGCUCUUUGAAGAUACUUUCCCUAACAUGCCCCCGGAAGGCGUAGCGGCCCUCGCCGGUUUCCUCACCGGCCCCGAAGUGGUGUGUCACGUGGCCAGAAACUUGGCCGUGGAAGAAUUGGCGCUAAGCGCCGAAUUCCCGGUGCCGCAGGCCGUUCUCCGGCAGACUUUCUUUGCCGUACUGGGAGCGUUACUGCGGAGCAGUGGGCCUCAGAAGACAGCAGUUUUCAUCAGGGACUUCUUGAUCCCUCAGAUGACUGGGAAAGAGCUGUUUGAAAUGUGGGAGGUUGUGAAUCCCAUGGGACUCCUCGUGGACGAGCUGACGAAGAGGAACGUUCCCAUCCCCGAGCCCAGGCUUACCAGGCAGUCCGGAAGUAGCACGGUUUUAGCGGUGUACUUCGUUGGCUUGUACUGUGAUAAGAAGCUAAUAGCGGAAGGACCAGGAGAAACCGUACUGGUUGCAGAGGAGGAAGCUGCUCGUGUGGCCCUGAGGAAACUUUACGGCUUCACGGAAAAUAGGCGACCUUGGGAUUAUUCAAAACCUAAACAAGAUUCAAGAGCAGAAAAGGCCUUUCUGUCACUGCCUGCUAACUGAUCGAGCACAAGGGUAGCGCAGAGGCCGAAGAAUUUAAAAAGUAAACUCGGUUUAGGAAGAAUCCUGAUUUGGUAGAAGAGGCUGUAGUGUAAUUAGCUUCUGAUUUGAAGUGGAACUGUUUAAAAUGCUUAUUUGCCAAUGCUAUUAAUAAAAAAAAACCUUCCUAAAUGGUAA